AUGAGUUCUCCUACAAUUAUUACUCGACCUUUGAGCAUGUCAGAGAACUUUUUGAGGUCAAGAUCCUCCACUGGAUUCUACAAUAAUUUCCAGGUUACAGCUACUUAUUCCCAUGAUUUGACAGCGGAUUUAACUUUGCUUUACAGGGCAUUAAGAAAAACAAUCCUUGAUUAUCACAUUUUGAUAUGUUAUAUUGUCAAGAACAAGUCAAUCGGUCGCUGUGUCUACACCCCUAUUUCUCAAGCCCGGUUGAAAGAUUUGUUGAUAUUUAGGGACUCGUCCUAUAUUGAUGGCAAUGCUAUUAACGAAAAGUUUAUGAAGGAGGUCAAUGACGUCGUGUUUGAGCUACAUGAAGAUUCGCCAUUGUUCAAAUUGAUUAUUGUUGGGAAACAUGAUCUUAGUGUUGUCUUCGAGCACACUAUAGCUGAUGGAGUGGUUGGAAAUUACUUCCACGAGAUAUUACUUCAGAAUCUAGCAUAUGUAGACGAUCCUUUGAAUACUAGUGAUUAUGAAGCCAAUUAUGGAUUACACGAGGCUUCAGUUCUUGAUAUCAAUGAAAAUUCUGUAAUAUUUGAUUAUGAAAAAGAUAAGGCUCUUAUAAAAAAUAACUUGCCUCCGCCAAUUGACGACUUUCUUGCUGACCCAGAUUUGGACUACAGUGAUAAUGACCCAUUAUACUUUGAUAAGGUUGUUCCCGAGAAAUUCCCUAAAAAAUGGCCAGGAAAGUUUCCAGCUACUAGACAUUUUAAGGUGAGUUUUAAGCUAAUCAAUUUCACGCCUUCGGAGACAAAAAAGAUAUUAGCCGCUUGUAAACGUGAAAAGGUUACACUCACAUCAUAUAUAGAAGUUAUUACAGUGUUGAGUUUGCAGCCUAUUUUCGGGGAUGAUCAUUAUACCACUCAUAAGGUCGCGUUAACUUUAAGAAGACAUUAUGAUCCGAAGAUAGCAAGCGAUGAAUAUAAGCUGCUUUUGAGUGAUAAGUCCUACAAAAUUCUUGGAGCACUGGCAAAUAACGGGAUCUCCGAGAACUUACCUCCUGUGCACGAAUUUUCAUGGGACUUAGCUAGCAGAAUUAAUGCAAACUUGUUGAAAACGACUCAAAAUAAAAAGAUUUUGAACUCUUUAAAUCCAUUCAAACAAAUGGCCGAUGGACUCGACCACAACCUUCAAUUUUUUGAAUCCCAAUUGGGAAAGCCAAAAAAUGAUGCCUUGAAAAUUUCCAACUUGGGGUUAAUAAAAUUCCCAGUUUAUGAAAUAUCAGGAAAACAGCCUUGGACUAUAAGAAAUAUGAUCUUUUCUCAAUCCUUAUCUCCACCAGCAUCAGAGUUUAUGCUAAACGUCGUUUCUACAUCAGAAAAUGGCUUGAACUUUGUCUUAUCUUAUGAUGAUAGGUUUAAUGAUGCUCAAUUUAAUAACUUUGAUCUCAAAUUGAGACAGAACAUGUUGAAAUACUGUGACGACAGCUAUCGUACACGUCUAUAG